AAAACUUAUCGGGCCUCCCAUGUCUAGACGUAGCAGAGCAGGUGGGGCAGUCCGUGGCCCAUCUUCUGCCCUUACUUCCUUCUUGGCAGGCCUCGGCGUUGAACCGUCGCAUCGUAUAAAUGCUUGGGGAGAUCGUUCCGCCGUUGAAACUCCUACUUCUAAUGGGUCCAAUCAACACCCUGACCCGGCAAAUGUAGUCUCAGAUGAGAAUGUGGAGGCGGGUCCUAGCAGAGUUGGACUGGGCACACCGUCACUUGACGAAGAGGGUGACUUGCCUGUCGGGUUCAAAAGAGAGAGGGGAACAAAUGGUGAUGAAGAUUACAAGGCCAAACGUGUUCGAGCCGCAUCUAUCGAUUCAGAUGAUCUCGAUGCAGAUGAUACCCCUGUGGUAGGUCACAGCGCUCGAACGCCAAAAUCAGCCCCUCAAUCUUCAACAAAUGUGCCCGCCGGCCCCAUGAGACCUAUCGGGGAGUUUAUGGUCUGUGGAGAGUGUACCAAACGGUUUACAGUGACGGCAUACACCAAGGAACAUCCUACCAAUUCCCAAACAUAUCUAUGUGUCCAGUGCUGCUAUGCGUUAGGGAUUGACCCCUUUGCUAAGCCCAAAAAGGCCGCUCCAAAGAAAGCAGUUAAAAAACAGAAUAGGGCCAAGAUUGUCCAUUACGAACAAAGACGAGGAGUAAAUUCUUUAGGAGACAUUUGCAUUCAGCUUGUAGGCAAAUACAUUGAGAAUGUUGAGCAACUAGGCGACAUUGGCAGUAUCAACAUGGAUAAAGUCUGUAGAAUUAUAUGCAAGGGCCGCCGAUUGACGCCUGAGACCGCACCCUUGUUUUAUUCCGUCGAACGCGAUUCGUUGGACAUGUAUGAUUGUACUCGUCUUACUCCAGAAGCUUUCUUCACACUGGCAAAUCUUUGCCCAAAUCUGCAAACAUUGCGUCUUGACCUUGUCGGGCAAAUGUCUACAGAAGUAGUUAGUCACUGGGCCAAGAGUCUGAAACAGCUGAAACGGAUAGAACUUCAUGCUCCCUUUCUUGUGAGGAAGGAAGCCUGGAUUGAGCUCUUCCAAGCAGCUGGGGAACGAUUGGAGGGCUUCCUAGUGACUCAGUCCCCAAGGAUUGACAGGGAGACAGUACACCAGUUGGUCAAGAAUUGCCCGAACCUGACAGAACUAAGACUUGCAGAGAUUGGCAGACUUGACAGUGAGAUGCUUAAGGAACUCAAGCCCCUCAAGAAGCUCAGGCUUCUUGAUAUUUCUUCCCCUGCUGAUUCCUUAACGGAUGAUGCCAUCGUUGACCUGCUUGAAGCCGUAGGCGAUUCCAUAGAAGACCUUAAUCUGGCCGACAACUUUGAUUUGACCGACGCCAUUCUCCCAGCUAUUGUCAAAUAUUGCCCUCGACUCCAGUCAUUAUGCCUCCGCAACCUCACAGAACUUACUGACGAGGGCGUUACGGCGUUUUUCGGAUCGCUCCAAGCCAAAGGUCACCAGGGCCUGCGCUGUAUUGAUAUGGAAAAGGGUCAUGAGCUUAGAGACUCUGCUUUGGGAGCUCUGAUCGCUCAUUCGGGCGAGACGAUAGAGUGGCUGAGCCUCCUCGGUUGGAAGGAGGUGGCACUCGAGGCCCUGAAUGCGUUGGUCAGAUGCAAGAACCUCAAAUACCUGGAUGUUGGAUGGUGUCGGGCGGUUAAUAAUUUUUGGGUCAAAGAUGUGUUGGACGGAUGUCAUGCUAUCGAACAAGUUAGAGUAUGGGGUUGCAAUGAAUUAUCUGAUGGUGUGCCGCGAAAGAAAGGGGUCAAGGUGAUCGGGAUCGAAACGCAUUCAAUCUAGAGUUUGGAGUCUUGUAAUUUGAUGGCAUGUAUACAGUAGAU